CUUGCGCAAACACGGUUGUCGGAAAGUGGCGAGCCUGAGGCGAACAAUGGCGGAGCUGGGUGAGGCUGAUGAAGCUGAGUUGCAGCGCCUGGUGGCCGCCGAACAGCAGAAGGCGCAGUUUACUGCACAGGUGCAUCACUUCAUGGAGUUAUGUUGGGAUAAAUGUGUGGAGAAGCCAGGGAAUCGCCUAGACUCUCGCACUGAAAAUUGUCUCUCCAGCUGUGUAGACCGCUUCAUUGACACCACUCUUGCCAUCACCAGUCGGUUUGCCCAGAUUGUACAGAAAGGAGGGCAGUAGGCCAUCCCCCAGGAGAAUGACAGAAGCAAAGGACUUGUUAUUAAGCAGACUGUGGGGGAAGGCUGUCAACCCAUUGUCAGAUCAGCAUCAGGCUGUUAUCAAGUCUGUUGGUGCUAAAAAGUAAAAGAUGAAAUGUU